UUGGUUUGUUGUCAAAGACGUGACUCUAGUAUUAGUUGCCAACGGAAAUAGCACGGGCAGCCCUCGGUUAGUUACCGUCUUUGUUGACUAGGGAACCAAGGGCUCUAGUGUCGUUGGGGUGUUGUUGGCCGUCAGUCGCACAAUCGAAGGGCGGCGCAGAUGGAUUUGUAGUUUUUUUGGCGUUUUGUUUGUUAUUCGUGUCUGACAUCGGCAAACAAGAUGGUGCGAAUUUCGUGGCAAUCUGAAAACGAUGUUUCUACGUUGGUGCCCAUCAGUGAAUCCACUCCAGCCAAUGUAGAUUUAUUACUGAAUACUUGGGAAUUGACUGCUGUGACACUCCCGGGUUAUCUCGUCUGCUCGGCAUUUCCAUCCCUUGCCUACGUAAUCGUUUCUUUCUACAGACUCCUCUUAGGCACCCUUUAUCCGGCCUAUUCCAGCUAUAAAGCCAUCCGGACGAAAGAUGUCGAUGAAUACGUCAAAUGGAUGAUGUACUGGGUGGUAUUUGCAUUAUUCACGACUGCAGAAACAAUCACUGAUGUGUUCUUUGGCUUCUGGUUUCCCUUUUACUAUGAAAUAAAGAUCGUCGUCGUUUUAUGGCUCCUAUCUCCGGCCACUGAAGGUUCUAGUAUCCUGUACCGAAAGUUCGUCCACCCUAUCCUAGUCAAGAGGGAAAAGGAAAUCGACGAAUACCUUAACCGGGCCAAAGAGGAAAGCUACAAAACUGUUCUGGAGCUGGGCACGAAAGGCGUGCAGUAUGCCUCUCGCGUUAUCAUGCAGACGGCUAUCAAUGGCGGCGGAGGAUUGAUGAACACGCUACGCAAGAGUUACAGCGUUGGUGAUGUAUCCAUCGAAAACACUGUCGUUAAUCGUCGACAAGUACGAGGCGGAGGAGCCGUUUUACAGGAGUUGGAUGAGCCUGAUAGAGUAAGGACUCAAAAUCACGUUCAAACUGCUCCAGGACCGAUCGAACUUGACGAUUCAGACACGGAAGAAUUCGACGACCUAUUCGAUGACAUGGUAGAAAUUGGAAAUGAGAAAGAUGGAGACGUUGUUAUGAGGCCACCAGUUCAGCGAGCCCCCCGUGCCCGUGUAACAAGAGAAGUCUACUUUACCGAAUUCGAUCCCAGUAAUCUAGCCCGGCGUGGUGGGGACGAAGCAGAGCGUUAUAUCGGGGAGAUACGCUCAGUGGAGGACGUUAGCUCGGGUUAUUCGAGUAGUGAAUUCUUGCCCACUGAUACAGUUUCUGGCGCCAUUGAAGCCGUUGUCCGUCGGGCUGGUUCUGUCCGUAGCAGUUCUCGUGGAGCGAGGCCUGUUACCAUGGUAGAAAACAACCACGUUCGACCAGUCAAAAAUGGUGGCGCAAAUGGAUCUGAUAAGACGGGGGCGGCAGUCGCCUUCAAAAGCGACAAGCCGAGGGUUGUCACUAAACGAAGAGCUCCGCCUCCUCCACCAGUGCUCUUCGUUGAAUCUGGGGAAGGCACCUUCAUACGCUACUCUUCCUCGCGUAGCGAAAAAGAAAACCACAGUCAAACCGAAGUGAACGCCCUCAACAUGAUCCCACGUUUGCAACCCAAGUAAAACGAGUACAGUGACACCAAAAAAAUGUGCGUACUUGGAAAAUUAGCGUCACGUUGCAAACUAGCUUUCUCACUUGCACUUCUUUCAAUUAUUUUUGAUUAGCGCAACCGUAAUUUAAUAUUUAGCAUAAUUUUAGUUAAGUUGAGGAUGGAUCUCUCGCUAAAUACUAACUCAUCGGGUAUUUCUUUUUUUUAAGUAUUUUGUUUGUUGAUGUCUUCGUCGGUAUAUUUUUUUUUAGGCGAAAUAUUUACUUUUUUCACGUUUUGUUUUCAUAAAAGAAAUGCUCUUAAAAUUCUGUGAUGGAAAAAUUCGUACUGGAAAAGAAACAGUGUGCCGACACUUUCAGCCAUAAGCUUCAUAUUCUCGAGUCGCACGAACCUACAGCUCCUUCCUUGUCGAACUUUGAAAUGUUUUAAAAUACAAUCUUAUUAUUA